AUGCAUCCAUGGGCAACAACAUACGGUUCCGGGCUUUCAAGCAGAGCCAAUAUUGGCCUGUGGGUUGUUCUAGCGGCUCAGGCACCAAUUAAUGCCCCUAAUUCAAACAGACGCGGCGGCGCGCACGAGAAUGGCUCAGCGAGGAAGAGGGCACCUGCGCAGAAGAGGGCGUUACGAGGAAGCCCUCAGGGCAUCGAAGUGGGCAAGGAAAAGGGCAGUGAUGACGGCACUGGAGCAGAAGAGGGCGAUGGCAUCGACAACGACAACAGCGAGGAGGGCAUGGGCGAGGAGGAGGAGGCAGACACGGUGACGGAAGAACUGGCCGAUAUCGCAGGGAUGAUGGAAAUUCGAAGGCAAGGAAGAAGGUGCCCAAAUUCUGGACAGCGUCCAGAUGGCGCACGCGGUCUAUUUGUGCAAGACAAACAGAGGCUGAGAAGCGGCUCAUGA